AUGCUCGCAAUGCACAUCACAGACGCGAAUUACGGGAUGGGAUACCAGACCAAAGAACUACCCAUUGCCAAUAGCAUCUUCCUAGCUAAGCUGCUCAUAGCUUACCAAGCUGUGUACUACGCCGCCGUCUCCAGCGUCAAGCUAUCCUACCUCUUGUUCUACUUACGCUUUUUCACACUCAAGGAACAUCGUAUCUGGGUUUGGAUAUGCAUGGGCUUGGUCGUUGCGUACUGGCUCGGUAGCAUGCUUGCGACUUUUCUUUUGUGCACGCCUCUCGAGGCGAACUGGAACCCUCUUUUGGCCAAAAAGUACUGCCCGGAUCACAAACACAGCACGGCAUUCGUUGCGACUGGCAUCUUCAACAUGAUAACUGAUCUGAUUAUCAUCCUGUUGCCCAUACCAUUCAUCCGAAAACUACAAAUGACUCGUGGUGCCAAGAUUGGCUUGGUCUACUGUACGAAACUCUGGGAGUCGCUUGCUCGGUAUAUGUCAGCUGAUCUGAAUCGUAGUGUUACGGCCAUUUCCAUCCUUCGUAUCGUCGUUAUCUUCGACCUCCUUCAUACCGCAGGCAACACUAAAAACCUACCCUACGCAAUGACCGACGCGGCUUUCUGGUCCGUCGCCGAGCCUGCUGUGGCCAUCAUCAACUGCUGCAUCAUGACUCUGCGCCCGCUUCUCAGACUGAUAUCUCCUACCCGUCUGUGGUCUUCCAACAGGGUCAGCCCCUCGGACGAAGUGAGCCAUCCUGCAACUAUCGGUGGGGGCUCUAAGCUGAGAAACAAGAUUGGACGUGAGCAUGACGAGUACCCGAUUACUCUGGUAGAGGAUGGGUUGGUAGACACGGAAAUCGGACGUGUAGACAGUGGGGCUUGCCGGGGUUUACAUGGUUAUGCCGUCAGUGAGAAGAGUGGCGGAAGCAUGCCGACCGUGAAUGACGUAUCGAACUACUUGGGUAGAGAUUGA